UCUCAGCAGCACACACAGCGCUAUUAAGUUCAAGGAUGCAAAACAGCUUUUACAAACAGCAAAAGAGACUAAGAGGAUUUGGCUAUUUCAGCACACCUCACUAGUUCACAUCGAACCUGACCGUUCCGCUUCUCUUAGUCACUCAGAAGAAUCACUCUUUUCCCAGCAGAGCUUACUCAUUUGCAAGAUAAAAGGAAGACAUUUCUGCACAUGCCCAUAAUAUUCUUCACCACUGGGGGCAGCUUUACAUAAGACUGCGCUCGCCGAAACCAAAGCAACAGUGGGACGGAGCUUUCAGAAUGACAGUAUGCAGAAGUGAGCAGAGCUUGUUCAUUUACAGGCUGCUUCUACCUUCGAUGCUACAAAGCAGCUUCCUGGCCGGAUCGGGUGCUAAGUGAGGGAACUGCUGUGCUAUGGAAUACAGAUGUGUGAAUUCAGAUAGCUAAACGGUGCUUGGAGGAAUCUAACAUGCUGUCCUAUAAAGAGAAAUUUUAAAAGCCAGGUUCUUAACUAUAAAGAUGCAAAAAGGUAAUAUCCAUGAAGAUCCUAUUACCUAGGAAGAAUUUGACAUUUUGCUGCGAAUGCUGUGUUGGGAUUGAUUUAUUCUUGGAAUGUUCUGCGUGGCUGGCAAAGAAUAAUGUUCCUAAAUCGGUCCAUCUCCCAAGGGGUCCAAUUUUUCUUCCUGGGUGUCAGCGAGCCCUGACUCACUACAGUGCAGCUGACAGGGGCUGCCAUGCUUGUGGCACACUAAGCAAAAAACAAAAGACCUAAGGACGACCUUUGAACAACACAAAGGAUGGGUUUCAAUGUAAUUAGGCUACUGAGCGGAUCAGCUGUAGCUCUGGUAAUAGCCCCUACUGUAUUACUGACAAUGCUUUCUUCUGCUGAACGAGGAUGCCCUAAGGGCUGUAGGUGUGAAGGCAAAAUGGUAUAUUGUGAAUCUCAGAAAUUGCAGGAGAUUCCCUCAAGUAUAUCUGCUGGUUGUUUAGGUUUGUCCCUUCGAUAUAACAGCCUCCAAAAACUAAAAUACAAUCAAUUUAAAGGUCUUAAUCAACUCACCUGGCUCUAUUUAGACCAUAACCACAUCAGCAAUAUUGACGAAAAUGCUUUCAAUGGAAUACGCAGACUAAAAGAGUUGAUCUUGAGUUCCAACAGAAUCUCCUAUUUUCUUAAUAAUACCUUCAGACCCGUGACAAAUCUUCGGAAUUUGGAUCUGUCAUACAAUCAGCUGCAGUCUCUGGGAUCUGAACAGUUCAGGGGCUUAAGGAAGCUGCUGAGUUUACAUUUGCGGUCCAAUUCCCUAAGAACCAUCCCUGUUCGAAUAUUUCAAGAUUGCAGGAACCUUGAACUGUUGGACCUGGGUUAUAAUCGCAUCCGGAGUUUAGCAAGGAAUGUCUUUGCAGGCAUGAUCAGACUGAAAGAGCUUCAUCUGGAGCACAAUCAAUUUUCUAAGCUCAACUUGGCACUUUUUCCAAGGCUAGUCAGCCUUCAAAACCUCUAUUUACAGUGGAAUAAAAUCAGUGUGAUAGGACAAACUAUGUCCUGGACCUGGAGCUCAUUACAAAGACUUGAUUUAUCUGGCAAUGAAAUAGAAGCUUUCAGCGGACCUAGUGUUUUUCAGUGUGUGCCCAAUUUACAGCGCCUCAACCUGGAUUCAAACAAGCUUACAUUUAUUGGUCAAGAAAUUUUGGAUUCUUGGAUAUCCCUCAAUGACAUCAGCCUUGCUGGGAAUAUAUGGGAAUGCAGCAGAAACAUUUGCUCUCUGGUAAACUGGCUUAAAAGUUUUAAAGGGCUGAGGGAAAAUACAAUUAUUUGUGCCAGCCCCAAAGAGCUGCAAGGGGUGAACGUUAUCGAUGCAGUGAAAAACUACAGCAUCUGUGGCAAAAGUACCACAGAAAGGUUUGAAUUAGCACGAGCUCUCCCAAAGCCAACGUUUAAACCAAAACUCACCAGGCCUAAACAUGACAGCAAGCCCCCUCUGCCCCCAACUAUUGGAGCCACCGAAUCGAGCUCCCAAGCCGAGCACGACACAGAACACAUCUCCUUCCAUAAAAUCAUAGCAGGCAGCGUGGCCCUUUUCUUGUCUGUGCUUGUGAUCCUGCUGGUAAUCUAUGUGUCAUGGAAGCGUUACCCAGCCAGUAUGAAGCAGCUGCAGCAGCGCUCUCUCAUGCGAAGGCACAGGAAAAAGAAACGGCAGUCACUGAAGCAAAUGACUCCAAGCACACAGGAAUUUUAUGUAGAUUACAAACCCACCAACACUGAAACCAGCGAGAUGCUGCUGAAUGGAACAGGACCCUGCACGUAUAACAAAUCAGGCUCCAGGGAAUGCGAGGACACGGGGACCAGGCUGGAGAGGCUGAAACCUGAUGCUGCUGUUGUCGAGGGAUGGACCCAGAAACCGCAAAUGGCCUACACUUCACAUCGAUCUUCACAGACAUGCAUUACACCGAUGUGACAUGCAAUGUUAUUCCUCUUGAAAUUAUGGUCCUGUAUUAAACUUACACAGUAAUUUGGUUUAAAAUUUAGAAAAUUCAUGAUGACUGUACAAGAUGCAAGGGAAGCCAGCACUAGAGAGAGAAAGGAUGAUUUCAUCAUAAACAGCCCAUUUUGCAUUCUAGUUUUCAAAGGCUUGAUUGAUUAAAUAAUAUUCAUUAGCUCCUAUCACACCCAAAAGCUGUAGGAGAGGGCAAGCAGGCCAAUCUGUUCAGUAGAAAGAAAGAUGGAACCACUGAUUCUUCAUGUCACCUUGAAAUCAGGAUCAGGGGGGCUCCAGGCCAUCUUGGCCUGUAGGUAAAAAACAGCCGAUAAUACCUUUUUUGUCAUUCCCCAAAUCCUCCUCAGGAAAAAUAACCUAGGGCCACCACGCACCGUAGAAAGGGUUGGUUUUCUGUCUCUGAGUUGUACAGGCUGACGGCUUUCAGUAAUGGCUUCUGUAAAUCUUUUCCUGGCAACGGACACCGUGUGCCCUGCAGAGGAGGCAGCCUGUAGCCCACCACCCCCAGCUCCUCCCCAACCAAAGGAGGCCACAAGCCACCAAAUUAUUUUCACUUUUCCAAGCCAAGUCAGUCCCUCAGUGAGCCCAAUAUCUGUUGUGAUGUCUGUCUGCGCUCCUUCGCAUUUGUUUAUGUUUUGGGAAGGCAGUAGGUAAAGACAUAGAAACUAAGGAUUCCUCUAAGUUAUACCCUCAAUAGUAACAAAAUAAAGCAGGACUACAUCUCUUUUGUUUUGUUUCUUUCUUUGGUGCAUGCAGAAACAAAACCGAUCAAUCUGGCAAGUAAAAAUUCUUCUCACUUGGAGAUUUAGUAUUAAAUAUAAAACCCCCACUUGCCAGGAAUUUCAAACUGAAAAUAAACAGCUCAUCAAGUAAUCCUAACAACAACAUUAUUGAAGAGAGUCUUGAAACAUUGAGAGUCUUGAAACACUUUACAAGACAUCAGUAAUGCCAUUUAUACAGCAAAGACACCUGAUCCAGUUUCCUUGCAGGCUCUGGCAGUGCUGGGAGCUGAUGCUCAGCCCUGCACUGUCCCCAGCUCUGACAUGAGUCAGACAAAGGGAGAGCAAAGGAUUAUGCUGCAGCAAGGAAGCAACCCCAGAAAGAACCAUCUGAACUUAUUUUUUAAAUUAAGGCAUAACCUUAGUCCCAUAAUAGCACACUUUCAGAAGUGUUGCUUUAAGAUCUAUAGCCUGUCAACCCAUAAAAUAAAAUUACUCAGAGUUUAUAUUCACUGCAGAAAUCACAUCUGCCUGUCGUGGUUUGGCAGGCUUUCCUCCUAUGCUGACAAAUAUCAACCAGAUGAUGGUGGCCUACAGAACUUUAGGGAAACAUAAAGCUUGACAACAGAACAACACUGCACUGGAAAGCAUUGUAUAUCUUCCAAUACAAUAAACAAACUCAAACUCUCCCCACAAUAUCUAUUCCAGCAAUUACAACCACCAUAAUAAAUACAGAGUUUGAGUUUUUUAGUCCUAAAAGACUCAAUUCACUUUGUGAAUUAUGGCUGUUCUUUCUAAAGUGGCUCAUGAUCUGAUUGCUUAGAGACUCAUGUACAGACAGAUUAUUGUAAGAUUAUUAAUGUCUAUUCAGAUUAAUAUUUUCUAUAAACUGAGAAAAUCAAUAAAAUCAGAUUUUGUAUUUAUCACCUAGAAUUCUAGUAUUAAUAAACUUUGAAAUUAACAAUGGCAGAAAUAAUAACAAAAUUCAGUUUCAUUGCUAACUCUAUAUAUUGUGACUUAUACUUUUUGUCCUAUCCAAAAUGCCUUAGCAAGUAUAUGCUGAUGUUGUGGUUAUCAUUUCCAAAAUACAUUUUGAUCCUAGUAUUUACAUUAGUAGCAACAAGUAUCAUUGAAACACAUUCAUCUAUGAUAAACUAAUGAAAUCUAGCUUAAAUAAAGACAAGCAGUGGUCUAUCCUGACAACAGCCACAUGUCAGUAUUAAGCUUCACCAGCAAUACUAUGUGCAGAAACAAAAGAUGUGUCCAAAAACCAAACAACUUGAAAGAAACAGUCCUUUUAAUUUAUUUACUUUUUUUUUUUUUUUUAAUUUAAGAAAUAUUAUACUAAAGUGCCACAUGAGCACAGAGAGCCAGGCUUGCCAGUGCACAAGGGACAGGGGAUUAUCCCGAAGGAACCAGAGCACCACAGGAAGGUGCUACCCCAGCCUCUGCCCCACAUCCUCUCCAGCAGCAGCAUCUCCCCUGGAAAACACGCCAGCAGGUGAGGAGGGGCUGUCAGUUGUGUUUUACAAGUGAAAAUUCAGAUCCAGCUUCCCUUGACCACAUUAGCAUUACAAAGGAGUUGCAAUACUGAUGAGAUUAUGGCUCUAGAGAAGCUCAGAAUCAAACUGAAACAAAUAUCAACAGGAAAAUGGUUUUCUUUAGUUCCCUUGUGACUGUCUAAAAAGCUUGGAUCAUCAGGAUACACAAUACAAUGAUGUACAUUAAAAUCAGGCAUGCAUUUGCAAAAGCCCAGACAAUUCCAAUACCUCAUAAAUUGAAAAAAAAUACAUACAUGGCAUUUAACUCUUUGUGCUUUCUCCUGAGCUAAGGAUAUCACAAUCACAUCAGGAAAUAUCAUACUAGACUUGCCUACCAGGCUUCUACCUGUGAAUAAACUGUGUCUAAACAGAUAAAAGCACGUAUUUAAAAAGAAGAAAAAAAAAAAGCUACAAUAGUUAUAGAAAAAAAUACUCCUGUCUUAGCCCUUAAUGUGCUAUCUCUUCAGGCAUUCAGAUCACGUAGCAUCCUUUUAAAUAACAUACUUGUAAGUGUUCUCAUUAUACAUUUAGAAAUGAAAUAUUUUUACACAGAAAUUCUACUGAAACCUUAACAUCACUGCAUUCUGGCAGCAAGUUCUACAGAUGAAUUAUGGACUGUGAAUAAAAAUAUUUUAAUAGGCCAUUUUAAAAUCAAUUCCCUAUCCCUCGCAUCAAAUGCUCCCAAGCAUUUUGCUCAGCAAGCUCCAAACCAUUUCUGUUUCAACUAAUCUUCCUUGAUAAUAAAUAAUUAGAACUGAACAUAGACUCAAGACAAAAGGCAAAAUAUAUAGACAGAGGCAUUUACUAAUUCUCAGUGUAUUUUCUAGUCUAUUACACAUAUGCCCAUUUACAUCACUGCUGUCCUCUGAACAAGCCUUUUGAAUGUAGUGUCCAGAAGGACAACACAUAGUCUUUUUUUUGACUGCUAACACUUUGCUUAAAUACUAACAGCAGAUGUUUAUUGUUCAAAUUAUUCCUAGUGUUGCCAACAGGCAUUACUUUACAUUUGUGAAUUAAUUUUGCUGGGUAUGGUAGUGCCCAUUGAUCUACCUUUGUUGAGUUCUGGAAUGUUCUGGUUGCACUUCCUAGGUUUGACAGACCUAAACAAAUACAUAUUAUCUGCACAUUUUGCCAUUUUCCCUUUCACAAAGACUUCAGAUUGUGCUGCAUGAAUCUCACGUGAAUACCUGCGAGCUCCCUGCCAUUAACGCUGAGCCACAUGGAAAAGGACACUUCGUUCCCUGUCUUUUGUUUCUGACUCCAGCCAGCCCCCACCCAACAAGAGCAGGUUCCCCGUCACCUCCAGACUAGUUCCCUAAAUAGCCUUUUAUGAGGAAGCCUAGCAAAGGCUGGCUUGGUGGUACUUCUAAGCACCUAAGACAGCAGCAGUCAGCUCCAAUUUGCCACAUGUACUUCACAUGACACUUAGGAGACCAAGAAAAAGCAGCUUAUGUGCCAUAUUUCAAGUAUCUACUGUACCAUCUCCCAAGAAACACAUAAAAAGGUCUUUCCAGCAGUAGUUCUGAAUUAUUCUCUUUGGUGAGCUCAGGUCAACCCCACCACGUUUUCUUUAAUAUAUUUGUUUUCUGAUUUAUAUAUGCUUGUUUGCAACAGGAUGUGUUUACUUUAGGCUACACAUACUACAAAGCACCAAGGCUCAACAGAGUGUAAAGAUACAGCUGUUAUCUUCAUUCAUAUGAACUGGAUUAAAUCUAGAAAGGUUUAUUAUGAAGCUAUCAUUCUGUAGGGAGAAUUCAGUUCUUUAACUUUCCCUUUGGAAAUCAGUGAGAUUAAUAUGAAAAUCAAGACUUACUAUGUUAAAAACUAUCACUCAGUAAUGGAUGUAGAAUUAAAUUUGAUUAGAUUCUUACUGACGUACAAUGCAAAAGCAUGUAAAUGACAAAAACUAAAAUCUAUUUAUUUUACGGUUAGCAAACAGAAGUGUAUGUAAUAUUAGAUACAAAUAGCAUUAAAGUUUACGAGCAUGGCCAAUAUUCAGAUAAAGGCACAUUUACUUCAAGUCGUGUCUGUUAUUCUAACAAUCCAUGCAUGAAUGCCUCCACACUAGAAUAAAAAGACAAGAAAAAUAACAUUGCAUAAAUUAUUUGUUUAUAAAACACAUACAUGAGAUCAGUCACAUUUUCGGCUAUCCUGUUCAAAUACCAUCUUACAAAAACUAAUACUGUUUAUUCUGAACUAUUUUUCACCAAAAAGAUAAUUUGCCCUCUUUACACUACAGAGAUACCAUAAAUAAACACAUUCUAAGUAAACAUUUUAAUACAUCUUGCAUAUAUAAAACCAGAAGCAACUGCUUAUUAACAACAAUAAAUACCAUUAAGUGAUAUCUCCAGAUGUCUUCACGGCACUAUAAUCCAAACAGAACUUCUUCUUUUGAAUGCUAACCCACAUAAAAAGAUCCAAGCCACUGUGCUAAUAGCUAGGCUACCAAAUCCAAAGACGAGCCCCCUCACUUUUGCCCCAGAGGCCUGUGGGACAGGGGAGGACAGGCAACCAAACCCAGCUGCACAGGAGUAAACUCCAUCCCUAAAUUACCAAUGAAGCCUCUUACCAUCCAUCCACCUAAAUCAGACAGAGGAAAAUCUUAGUGGUAUGAAUAGUUCCGCUUCAUUCCAUCAAACUGAAAGAGGUGGUGCAUGUUCUUAAAAUAACAUUUGGAUGACUACAUUAAUAGGGUUUUUUUAAGAUUCAGGUCUCCACAGGCAAUUUCUCUUUAGGUGGCUGAAAGAGAGUUUUAAAAGUUCAGCUCUGGUUUGAACAUUGCUCUUACACAUUUUCUCUUCACAGUUCUGUAUAGUGUUCACUCUUAAGGUACUUCAAGUAUUUGUAGAUAUGUAUUUAGAAAAGGCAUACCUUUUCAAAAGGCAAUGCCAUUACAUCAUGCCUGUUGAGACAGCUUCAGAAAACUAGCUGUCUUGUGCAAAAGUAGAAAUGCUGCAGUUUACACAGUCAAUAAUAUGCACUUCUGUUAAAAAAAAAAAAGAGGAAUAUCUAUCUUGCAGAUGCCAACACAGCAGGGUUUAUUUUUUCUUUUUGUAAUCAAUUUAAGCAAACAAAAUCUAAAUUAAAAAACAUUUGCAACUAGGUUACACAAAGUUCUAUGUAAUACAGAAUAUUGUUAGUUCAUCUGUCUGCUAUUAUCAGAUCAAGAUCAGAUGUACUUGUGCUAAUGUUGUCCUUACAGCCCCCUGGAAGGUUACAUAUUCUCUCAUUUCUGUAAGUCAGCUGUUCUCUGCUCACAUGUAAAAUAUUACAUACUUGUAAAACAGCAUCUGGUGGUGAGAUAAAGGAGGGAACAAACGUGAUUACCACGAGUCCAAAAUUUGCUGUGGUUCAAAAUCCUACUUCAUUACAUAGCUUUAUGCAUCUUAUUGCAAAAAUAAGACCAAAGAUUUUCUUGCAUGAUUGUCUCUGUGAUAUAUUAUUGCCCAUAAUUUCAAAGACUAUUUUAGGAAAUAAUUCGGUCAAAUUUGUAGCGCAAAGCGAUGUGGAAUAUCAUUUAACUCUAAUCAUUUGGGGGCUUAUUCUUCACUAGCUGGUGGGCACAAUUACGCAAACAUCCUCUCAUUCUCUUUUAUCGCUAAAAAUAAUGCAGUUCCCACUUGUCCUUGUAUCACUUGCCUUGUAUUUCUAAAGUGAAUCUGGAAUAGUAUGAAAAAAAAUUAAAACUGAAUCUUAUCAAGAAGCAGCAUGCCUCACAAGGUCCCACGGCCUUCUGCAGAUAUCAGGGCAAGACUUCGGCCUCAGCAUCUGCACUGUGCUCAAAAUCAAUCACGACAAAUGCAUUAACUAAAGCUGACUCAGAAAUGGAUUUAAGCAGCUGACUGAAAUUUUAUUAAUUUGAGUCACCCACCCCCAGAAACAUA